AUGAGUGGUGGCCAAGGUUCCCUUCCGGUCAUCUCGACCAUCCCUGACCCAGAGACGUUCUACACUCCGUCGGUAUCCGUCGACGGCUGGAGCACUGAUGGCUUCGAGUUCCUCCAGGACGACAGCGAGUACGUCGACGAGGAUGGCAAUCUCGUCGAGGUGGCGUCCGAGUAUUCAUCCUCUGUAUCCCCGAGCAUAUACGACCACGAAUUCAAACAUGGACGUCGCUAUCACAGCUACAAGAGUGGCCGCUACCCCGUCCCCAACGACCAAUACCAGCAGCAAUUGGAAGAGCUCAAGCACCACAUUGCUUUCGAAUUGAUGGGGGGCCUCUUGUUCUCCUCAGAGAUCGACACUCGACCCCGGAAGAUACUCGAUAUUGGCACAGGUGCCGUGGCGGACAGAUAUCCCGGGGCAAGCAUCAUCGGGACCGAUCUUUCCCCAAUUCAGCCCACAUGGGCGCCUCCGAACCUUGAGAUGUUUGUCGACGACUGUGAAGACGACGAGUGGCUUGAUGGGUCGGGAUUCGACCUGGUCCACCUCCGAGACGUUGACGGGUUUCUAAGGAACCCUGGGGCUGUCAUUGCUCAGGCUUACAAAUCCGGGGGCUGGAUCGAGUUCCAAGACUGCAUACCUAUUCCAUACUGCGACGACGACUCGAUGAAGGAUGACGACCCGCUCAAGAGAUUCUCAGAGCUGGUCAAGGAAGGGAUGCACAAGCUCGGCUGCACACUACACGGUUCCCCGCGAAGCAAGGAAUCCCUCGAGGAGGCCGGCUUCACCAAUGUACAGCUGACGGUCAAGAAGGUGCCCAUCGGUGCGUGGCCGCAGGACGAGAAGCUGCGAUGCGUGGGUCUCCUGAUGAGCUCGUACGUGUCGGGGUGUCUAGGAGGCUACGCCGCCAAGCCGUUCGAAGCUCUCAAGAUUUCUCCCGCAGAGAGGGAGGCACUCAUCAGGCAAGUGACUACGAGUCUGGAAGAUAGGAGGAUUCAUCGUUACGCUCGGUAUUCGAUAUGCUACGGGCAAAAGGAGUCCCGGGCGAUGGAUCUCAGGGAGUAG